AUGCACACGUCGCUGUUGAAUGUGACUGCGGGAGAGAAUAAGCUUAAGGACGGUGUAGAGAAUCUGGUGGGCUACUGGACAUUCGACGAACCAGACGGAGCGAUGGCCUACGAUUACAGCGGCCACAACAACCACCUCAGAUCAGCUGGAUGUGCGCCCUGUGACAAUGGAUUGGACGAGAAUGGGGAGAAUAACACCUACUACCAA